GGUAUGACAGGUUUCGGAACUCCUCGUGACGUCAAAGGAAAACAUUUGAAGCGAAUCUGGGAGCUGGAAUUUCCGGAAGAGGUGAUCGACGAACACAACUUCGUCGCAGAAGAGGAGGGCAAUUGA